AUGGCGGAGCGGCGACAGCCGCGAGUUCUGGGCGCCAAACGAACUGUAUCGGAUGCACUGGGAGCAAAUGCUUUGGAGGGCGGCGGGCUCGCCGCGGUGGUCAGGUGUGUUGUGGCCGGCACCGUGGACGACAGUGUGACGCUGGGGCAGCUUGAAAAUGUGGUGGCUUUCUACGCAAACCACAACAGUGAAUACACAAGGCCUGGGGAAGAUGACAUACAUGUCCUUAUGUCGGAGAUUCUAAACAAUUCCAUUCGUUCUGUUAUGUUGUUCAGUGACUUUUCUUCUGCUUUCACGGAUGUAGAGGUCUACUCCAUUUCUGUUGCAGUGCAGUAUAACUUGUCGUUGGAGGCAAUAACCAUGAAUGGAGUUAAUGUGAGUGAUGAGGCAAUUUCGAUGCUUUGCGAGGCACUUAUUAAGUCACGAGUAAGUUUUAUUGAUUUGUCCAACACUCCGUUAGAGGAUGAAGCAGGGCGCUCCCUGGCUGCUUUGGCGCAUGUGAACCCAUACCUGCGUACUGUUGUUCUCGAUGACACACUCAUAGCCGAGGAGGUGCUGGAUGAAAUAGAUGUGGCCUGUCAGUUCAAUCAAAGCAAUUUUGAGGCAAAUGAUGGCACGGUGGAAAUUGGGAACCCCGCGGAGUUAGCACGGCUGCGACACCGUUUGCAGCACGUCAUCCGGGCGAAACAUCGGAAGACGUAUUAUUGUGUUGCCCAUUUGUUGGGGAUGUGUCCAAAUGGGGAUCUCUGCCUGUACUCCCACUCCCUCAUGACGACAGGCGCACCGGAUGCUAAUGCCAACCUUCACGAGCGCCUUGCGAAUCUCUUUGCAAGCGGUGGAAAUUGGCAAGACAAGCUGCCGUCACCGCCUCAGGCGGGAGCGUCGUGGAAGGAUCCGAAUGAGGCGGACGGCCAGACACUGCGGCUGAACCUGGAAAGGUGCAAGGCGGGGGCCUCAAAAGUGGCUGCAAAGGGGAGAGGGAGGAACGGUGUGCAACACCCGACAGAUGGUUGGCGUGGUUCGUAUCGAGUUGUGGGUGCAACUGUGGCAUUGGCGGCGGUGGUGCUCGUCGCAGGUUUGUGGUCUUCCAGACGGAAAUGA